AUGGCUUCAUUAAGCAUCUCCAAAUAUGAUAUGGGCCUGGAAAUGCUCAAGCAAGAAAAGUACUCCGACAUGCGCAUUGUCUGUCAAGACAUCGAGUUCAAAGCUCAUCGCAAUGUUGUUUGCCCACGUUCCCCGAUGCUUGAAGCAGCAUGUAGCGGCGGAUUCAAGGAGGCACAAGCUGGGGUCAUAGACUUUCCCGAAGUAGUCCCAUCCAUCAUGGGCCGGGUGAUCUUCUACCUCUAUACGGGCAAGUUGAUGGCAAGCACAGUGCCGGAGAUAUAUCAAGAAGUCUGUACGGACCCGGAAGAAUUGACUCCUGCCGGACCCAAGAUAGAGGACGACGAUUGGGUUGGACAAUUGGACAAGGACAUCUCGACUACUGUGUCUCGCGAUGCGAAAGUCUCCGUCAUGAUAUACGCGUGCGCAGACAUGAUGCUGGUCAGUGAUUUGAGAUCAUGUGCUGCGAAAUACUUUCUCAAGUUCACAAAUGAACACUUCUGGCAUUAUUACUUUCAUGACGCUCUCGGCACAAUGCUCAAGAUAGUAACGGACAGGGACACUGGACUCAGAAUUCCUGUACUGGAGUUUCUAUUGCAGAAGCACAUCUUAGCCUCUCCUCGCACAAAGAUUCAUGAGAAGACUCUGACAAUACUGAGAGAAAGUUCGGGAGGCUGGUGGGAUAUGGCUACUCAAGAACUGGCUAGGUCUGAGCAGAAUCACAAGUCAAAGGUGGAUGCGAUCGAGAAGAAAUGGGACAAGAAGAUCAGUCUCUCCGACACGGCUAAUGCCCAGAAGAUGGAACAGCAAGCUCGAAGAUUCGCUAACUGUCUCAACGAUGCGGCUAACUUUCGUUGCAAGCAUAAUCGAAAAUUCACAUGCACCGCCGAAUUCAUGGCAGAAGGCUCAAAGUGGUAUUUGAGACUGCAACCAACCUGCCAAAAGAACUGUCAAGAACCGAUCCUCUGA